AUUGCGUUGCGAUUCUAUGCAACAGGAUGCCACUUAACAUCUGUUGCCGAUUAUGGUGGUGUUAGUAGUAGCAGUAGUUGCAGGAUUGUAAAGAAAGUUUCUCAUGCUUUGGCAUCAUUGCUGCAAAGAUUUGUAAAAUUUCCCACCACAAAUGAAGAGAGAAAUAAAGUAAAACAUGACUUUUUUUUAAUUGCCGGAUUUCCAAAUGUUCUAGGAUCAAUUGAUUGUACACACAUAAAGAUACAGUCACCAGAUAAAUUAAUGACCUAAUACCAACACAAUAAUAUUUAUGAACAUUUACAUUCAGGUGGAGAUGAUGCAGAAGUGUUCAGAAAUAGAAAAGGUUAUUUUUCAUUGAAUGUACAAACUGUCUCUGAUGCAAAAUUAAAGAUAUUAAACAUUGUGUGUCGUUAUCCAGGAUCUACACAUGAUUCUGCUAUUUUUCAAAAUAGCAGACUAUGCUAUCAAUUUGAGACAGGAGUGCAUGCUGCAGGAUUACUUUUGGGAGAUAAUGGAUAUCCUUUAAAAAAUUAUCUGAUGACACCCUUUUUAAGCCCACAAACUAUCGGCCAGCAAAAUUAUAAUAGGGCACAUAUUGCAACAAGAAAUACAGUGGAACGACAAUAUGGAGUGCUAAAACGAAGAUUUCCUGUAUUGGCUACCGGAUUAAGAUUAAAAUUAGAAAAUUCUAUAAAUGUAAUAUUGGCAUGCUCUGUAUUACACAACAUUUGCAUAGAUAAAAAUGAAGAUGUCCCACCAGUAGAAGUAGAGAAUAUUGAAAAUGAUAUACAAAAUGGCCAAAUGGAAAGAAAUAUUCAAAAUGGACAAAAUAAUUUAAGUCGAGAUAUACUUUAUGGGGUCUGCUUUUACUUCAGAAGGCCCACCUCUAGUUUGCGAAACGCUAAUGCGUUCUUUGGCCCGGUAAGUUUUCGCAUCGCUCUUCAGUUUUGCCCAUAUUUUCUUCAAGCUUUCUACCUCCCUGCAAAAACCAAUUUAACGUGGUAAUGAAUACUAAUAAAUAUAUAAUAGACAAAUAUCUACCUUCUCUCCCCUGCACGUGAAUUAAAUUGUUGCCCAAUUUUCAGCCAGGCCUCCUCCUUCAUCUGGUUUGUAGAACCAUCGGUUUUUUUGUUUAAAAUAAUGCUAUUGUUUCCAAUUAAAGACAAUAGCAUUAUUUUAUCAUCGCUAUUGAAAUUAGCUGAGCGCUUUCUUUUUUGCACAAUUAUAUCCAUUUUAACCAAACCACCUAAUAGCAUUCAAGCAUCCAAGCAGACAGCUGUCAUGAAUGACAAUAAUUGUCACUUGUCACUUAUGAAAUAUCGAAUCGAUUUUUAUGAAGUAUUGCAACCUGACAACAAAAACUUUCUAAACACUGUGUCUUAACUAGGAACUUCAUAACUAAGAAUUACCUAGCCUGGUGAAACCAAAGAUUGUAUUUAGGAAAUUCCUACCGCUAAGUAAUUCUUAGUUAGGUUUUAAUUUAGGAAAUGUUG